AUGUUGGGGUCCGAAAGACUCCACAACUGGUUGGUCGGAGACAUUGAAGGAUAUGGCAACGAGGCGACAGCAGUGGCGUUCUUGUUGUCAUUUCUUAUCAGACCAGAAUGCUUGGGACGCCACAUGGAAAACACAGAAGAGUUCUCUGAUGCUCCUUCCCGUGCUGAUCUCGAUCUGGUUGUUGAAUGUGGCAACGGGGAUUUGGCUAGGGUUCAACACCUGGUCGAUGUUGAAGGUGCAGACCCAUGCUAUCAAGACAUAGAGACGGGUAUCAGUGUGUUGAUGGUUGCCGCGAGCUCCGGUCAUGUGGAUAUUGUUCGCUAUCUGCUUGAGCAAGGCGCGCCGUGGAAUGCGGUCGAUCGGAAGAACAUGUGUGCAGGGGAUUAUGCGGCCAAACAUGGACAACAAGCGUGCAUAGAUGUCUUGCUCGACCACGCCGUCAUGUCUGAGCUGUUACUUUCAUUGACCUUGUCCAGAACCUCGGGCAAUGAGAUACUGGCCGAUUCGACUGUGUUCUGUACUCGCAAUGGGAAUCAGUCCCGUGACAAAGGAACUGAACCACCCGCAAUGAACGCAUCGUAUCUGUCCAGUCGAUUAGAAUUCACUCCGGACGGUCAUCGUCUGGUCGAUAAAAGCACCGAACUUGCCGUGAUGAUGGACUGGGAGCGUCCGUUGAUGACUAAACACGCCGCGUGGAUCUGUUAUGCAGAUCGGCAGAACAAACCGUCUCCUUUACGUGUACUCAAUGUUGGCUUCGGAAUGGGUAUCGUGGACGAGGAGAUUCAGAAACACCAACCAGAUUCACAUGUUAUCAUCGAAGCGCAUCCAGAAGUUAUCAAUAAGAUAGAAAGUGAUGGUUGGUCAAAAAAACCCGGGGUAUCCAUUCUCAAGGGGCGUUGGCAAGAUGUAAUUCCUAACCUGGCGACGGAAAUCCAGAACAAAGUUUCCCACCCGUUUGAUGGAAUAUUUUUCGACACGUACGCCGAAGACGAUUUGGAUUUGCGCGAGUUUCACUCUUGGCUACCGAAAUUACUCCGAGCCCCACCGUCCGAUAAUUCAGAGCAAGGUGGUCGUUAUUCAUACUAUAAUGGUGUCUGUCCGGAUAAUGUGUUCUUUCAUGGUGUCGCUUGUGAAACGAUUCGAUUGCAUUUAAAGCGGUACGUUCGAGAUCAGUCGCGGAUCGUGUUUGUGUAG